AUGGCGUUGAAGCGCAUUAACAAGGAGCUCGCUGAUCUCGGCCGCGAUCCGCCCUCCUCCUGCUCUGCUGGCCCUCAGGGUGAAGAUCUUUUCCACUGGCAAGCGACCAUCAUGGGCCCUGCCGACUCUCCCUACACCGGCGGCGUUUUCUUCCUCAACAUUCAGUUCCCUACCGAUUAUCCUUUUAAGCCCCCCAAAGUCAGCUUUACCACCAGGAUCUAUCACCCCAACAUCAACUCGAACGGCAGCAUCUGCCUCGAUAUUUUGAGGGAUCAGUGGAGUCCGGCGUUGACGAUUUCCAAGGUUCUGCUCUCCAUCUGCUCGAUGUUGACGGACCCCAACCCUGACGACCCGCUUGUGCCCGAGAUUGCGCACGUGUACAAGACAGACCGCGCCAGGUACGAGGCGACGGCUCGCGAGUGGACCCGGAAGUAUGCUAUCUAG